AUGAACAUUCUGUCGACGUUAUCCAUCAUGUUGUUUUCCAUUAUGCAGGUAAAAAGCGAGAAUGUCUUAUUCGAUUCUAGCGAUUGUCAAACGAAAUGUCCGAUUCGGCGUCAAACCAUUCGAUCAUACCCGCCUGGUACAGCAUUGUUUGUGGGUGACGAAUGCGUAUGUGGUAGAGAACAAGAAACCAUAUACGAAUAUGUACCACCUGUCGUCCAGUCCGUGGGAAACGUGGAAAUUCCGGUGGGUGUCAAACCAAAAACGAAUGAACUUCGGUCCAAUAAUCGGGUGAUGGGAAAUUACGGUUCUCUCGUGUUCUCGGGUAAUGUUCAAAUAUUGAAUUUACUAAGCAUAAAAAACGACGACAUCUAUAAAGGAUGUUGUGACCGCAAACCGUCAAAUCCGUCGAGCGAUAACCUAAUAAUGAGUAAACCUGUAGUUAAUUUAACGACGACAAUAUCAGGAUUUAAGGUAAAAAGUACAACACCUUCAGAUGUCGAAAAAUGCACGGACAAAGACGUUUCGAUGGUUACAGAACCAGUACUUCAAAAUGCGUUUACAGGAGUAACUAGCGAUAUUACCUCUGCGAAUAUUGUAACCGAUGAAUCAGAUUUAUCUGACAAGUCGUUCGAAAGUCCGGUGACACUAACGUCGUCAGACGUUGAAAUACAAACGUCUACUGUUAAUCCGAAACAUAAUGAAAAUUGCACUACGACGAAAGAUUCUACGACUUCGAAAAUUGUUACACUCAAUAACCGAAACGAUGUGUUAGGUGCAACAAACAAUAAUUAUUCGUAUCACAACAAUAAACCCGAUUUAGAAAUACUUAUAAUAAAUUCUAAUACAAUACAUUUUAUAACCAACAACGAUUAA